UCUUUCUUUCAGUCUCUUUUAAUUAUCAACCUAUCUACCAUGGAACGCGCUACAGAUUAUACCUGGAGGGCUUAUGAGGAUCGUACACUCUCUGAGCUUCUACAGUUUGAUUCUACGCCCGAUACAGAGGAUAUAGGCGAUUAUGUCGACCCGUUUGACAGCGGGCAAGAAUUUGAAACCGCAAUUCCUGACCCGGACGAGGCACCUAAUAUUCCGACUCCCUUAACCUUUCACCCAACUCACGCUAUAUCAGCUGCUGUGAUUGAGUACGUACCUUUGCUCCCAGAGUAUCCCGAAACUCAUGAUGACGGGUUUGCGUAUAUCGUGAGUAUCGACAAAUAUAAACCCGAGGAGCUACGACGUAUUAUGAAAUCAACACAAUAUGCUAUGGGUGGCUUUGGGGACACAAAGAACAUACACUCUGCAUACCUUGGCUGCCAAACAGAGCGAAAGCGCUUUAAAUGUAGCGGUAUAAAGAGCUGCGAGUUUCUUGAUCCUAGACUCUCAUAUCUAGCCCAUACAAAAGCGGAUAAAGAUCUAUGGACCCUGAUUACAAGCAUACGCCAAGAGAUCGCGGAUUCCUCGCUUACAGAGGGUAAUGGAGAGCUACAGCGUAAUAGUAUUGGGCUAUAUAACGCUAUCAAGAAGAAGUUUCUUCGGGGUGUCGCGUGUAAAUUCUCUCGUCAAGGUUGUGAACCUAUAUUUCGCCAGCACUAUCACGAUAACCUAUCUGGCGUGCAUAGCUAUUAUAUAAGCUGCGCGAAUUCAUCACGAGAAAACCGUCAAGAUCACUUCUACACUUCUCUAAUCCCAAAAGAGAGAUCACUUGAUGUAGAACUUCUACAGAAGCUUCUAGCCUCUACCUGUCAGCCUAGACCACUGACUUGCGGAGUGAUUGAACCGGCGGCCUCAAGGAGGCCAUUAUGCGGCGUUAUUCAUCCUCAGGGUCAGGGUAAAAUCCAGAGCCAUGGCGCUUGUAACGUCAUAUUCCAGACCUUUAUCCCGCUACUCCCUGAGAGAUACCCAUACGCAAUAUUCUACUCUCGUGGAAGGCAUUCUCAUCCACCACCGCCGCCUACAAAAGCUCCAUGGAUAAUCGCUAGCGAGGUCCUUGAUCUAAUUUGCAAAAAUCUAGACCCAGACCUUAAGCUAAGCACAUUCCUACGUAGCCCUGCGCUUCGUGAAUUCUGCAAGCAAUAUAAAUGCAAAACGCUAUCACAGAUCCAUUCUAGCUUUGCUAAGAUUGAUAAGGUUUCGGCAUUACUUUGGAAACAACGAGCGCUGAACUACCCACUCGGUAAAGGUAUAGCUGGCCUACGCCAUCAUUUAGAGGCCAAACCUGAUCUAAAGGAAUAUGUUCAAGAGAUCUAUGAAACUUCAGAAGGGAAUUUUGUCUUCUGCGCUUUCGCUAAGCAGCUUCAAUUUCUAGCAACGCGCGAUGCUAUCGAGGUUGAUAUGUCUUAUAAGCGGGUGAAAGGAGACAUUAACGAGGUAAUAUUCGCUACAAUGCUCACAGACCAUGGUAAAAUCAUAACGCUCUGUCGUGUCUUUACUGACCAAGAGAGCGCCGCGGGAUACAAAUUCAUCUUCCAGAUGGUUUUUGAACUUAUGUCAAGGUCUAUAGGGAGACCUAUUAGGUUUCACUACCUUCAUAGGGAAGGUAUUAAGGCAAUUGUUGGUGAUAUGGGCCCAAAGCAGAUCUUUGGCUUAGGUGCAUUCCUUCAGGACCAAGAUACCGAGCAGAAUCAACGUUCUCCAACCUGGCACCUCGUACGGAUUAUGAUCUUUUGUGCUAUCCAUUUUAUGCGAACAGUAUCAAAGAUCUACCCAAAUCGACCAGAUAACUCCCAUAUAGAGCGUCGCGAGCGUCUAAAUGGGCUACUUUCAUGUCAAACCGAAGAUGAUUAUUAUAGGCUACUAGACCUUAUUGAAGAGCAAGAUCCAAACCUUAAAUACUGGGUUCGACAUAAGAGACACCCAGUAAUUGCAGCAGGGCUUUGUAAAGCAUGCUCAGGUGUUCGCCCCGAAUUCUUCUCAAGAUUCCGGCCUCAUACGAAUACAGUUGAGCAAAGCCAUAAUAAGUCCUAUGCACUAGGAACUUAUGAUUCAUUGUUAGGUGCUGUGACAAAGUCGUUAUACCUCGAUCAACAGGAUCUUGAUCAAUUAGAGAAUCGAGAUGCUUUCGGUAUUCAUCACCGCUAUCAAGCUGAUGAUAUUGAGGCCCGGGUUGGAAGAAAUCUUCAGCGCGAGGCUAAAAAAAGAGAGAGAGCUGAACAGAAAGCCAGUCAAUAUAGAGAUGAACAGAUGCGGUUUGAUAUUGACGAUCAAACCCUCCCCGGGGCGUCAUCUUCUGGCUUUAUAUUUGAUAUUGAACGUCAGUCAAGUGUGUCUUUAAGCUCUAGUCUUCGUCGUACAGCAACGAUUAAGUCGCAGAAUCGUGAUCAUUUAAGCGAUCUUCGAGAGCUCGAAAUUCAGCAGAAACGCCAGGAGAUAGAAGAUGCUCAAGAAGAAAGACGAAUAAAGCGCCGGCAGUUAGAGCUUGAGACUAAAGAACAAGAACUGAGGGUUGCGAAGAUGGAACUAGAAAGGCAGCUUGUUGCGGCGCAAUUAGAGCAGAUAAAGAGAGGGAACUAG